AUGGCAAGCGCUAACACGUCAGAAAGAGAAACAACACCGUCUCCAAAAAAUGACCAGCAAACUGACAAGGGCACGGCUACAACAUUCUCGGACUCGGAGCUGCUGCGCAAGGUGCAGUUUCCGGUGCCAAAGGGCUCGCGCGAGGCCGUCAAGACUGCGCCCCCUGGAAGCGGCCUCGCUGAGGAACUGCGCACCACCAUAUGCUGGAAUGACAUAUCUUGCACAGUGCCCAUCGUCAGAGGCAUAUUUGAGAAGACAGUGGACUCAAUGACCAAGCCCAUGCGGAGGAAGACGGCUGUGCGCUGCAUGAGCGGCUGCGCAGGACCGGGUGACCUGGUUGCCAUCCUGGGUCCACCAAACAGCGGAAAGUCCACGCUGCUGAACAUACUGUCGGGAUACUGCAGAGAGGGCUACAGCGGUGAAGUCCUCAUCAACGGCACCGUCGUGGGUGUGGACGAGCUGAGUGAGCGCAGUUGCUGCGUCCCGCAGAGGGACUUGCACCUCGACUGCUUCUCGGUCAAGGAAACGCUGUGGAUCGCCGCCGAGCUGAAGUUUCCCACGUCUGGAGAGCGCAAAGACAAGUUCCGAGCUGUCGUGAACGCCAUGGAACGUUGGGGCCUCAUGGAUGUGCGGCGCAUACCGGUGUCUAUGGUUAGCAAGACGCACCGGCGCCUGCUUACCUGCGCCGAGCAGCUCAUUCGACCACAGCCGCUCAUAUUCGUCGACGAUCCCACGAGGAACGUGGACGCGACACAGGCGCACAUCUGCCUACGGACGCUCAAGUAUCUGGCGUACAAGGGUCACACGGUCAUAGUCGUCAUAUCGAACCCUACAUCCGUCAUGCUCAAGUACAUUACCAAGGUGUACGUUCUGGCCGAAGGCAGGCUCAUCUACAGCGGCUUGCCGGCUGACAUGCGGAAUCAUCUGGGUGCGCACGGGUUCAUCUGCCCGCUGGAGGUGUCCAUCACUGAAUACCUGCUUCAGGUGGCCGCUAAGAUGUACGGGGGACUGCGCGCACUUGCCGAGACGGAGACGAUAAAGGCGAAGGAGAUGAAGCAGUCCGGGCCUUGUUCAGCGAAUGGCAUCCCAGAGAGUGGCCAGCUACAGAGUGUGACGGUGGAACGAAAAGGUUCCAAGGCGGGAGAGAGCGUAGAUGCCAACGAAGAAGGCGGCAAGGCACCCGACCGGCGACGCAACAGCCUAGGCAACAUAUUCGAGAGUCGAGAAACCGUUGACAACAAGGACCUCUUCUCUCUUCUUUUCAACAGGUUCAUCUUCUACACUUUCCGCAGUUCAGUGUACAUGUCAUACAGACAGUUCAUCAAUAUCUCGUUCAUCGUCAUCUUCGCGAACGUGUUCAACUCUGUGGGUGUCGAGCACAACUUCACCAACAUGAACGUCGCUUUCGUCUUCCUCUACAUGUCAGGCAUGUCUGCAUUCUCGCUCUUGAGCUCCACACUAAAAAUACUCGCUAUUUGA